AUGAGGCGGCAUAUUGUCAAUCGAACCAAUAAUCCAUUGGAGCGCUUUCACCGUGAACUAAACAAAAGCCUCAGGCCUCAUCCAACGAUGAAGCAGUUUGUAACUACUUUGGAAAUCCAAGCUCGCGAAUACGUGGUUCAACGCAAUGUCGUGAUAGCCGGAGUAGCUGUUCCACCUUCGCGAUCAGGAUUCGUACUGCCAAAAGCAACCAGAUUGCCGAAUGUGACAAAUAUCGAUGCUUCCACUUCGAGCCUCGAAAGUGAUAGCCAUGUAGUUAACGAAGAAGCAGAUUCUGAGCGGUACAGCACGGAUAUGUCCCCGACGAGUGAGGAAAUUGAUGGCAAGGAGGCUAUCUAUGAACAGGACAUCUCGUUCGAAUAA